CGGGGAGGAGCUCGGGGCGCUUUAAGAGCCGUGCGCCAGUCACGGCGCGCUGCAGCAGCGGCCGCCGGGUUGCCAUGGAGACGACGGCCGGGCCGGUCGCCAUGGAGACGGCAGCGCCCUGGCUGCCGGGCGGGCCGCGCUGCCGGGAGGCGCGGAGGCACGCGCUGCUGGUGGUGAUCGGCGAGGUCGGGACGGAGCCGGAGCGCGGGGCGCUGCGCGGCGCCCUGGAGCGCGGAAUUCGUUCCUGGAAUAUUAACCUUCUCUCCUGUGACCUGAAUCAGCAACUGCGACUCUUUGUAACCCGGCACCUGGCUCAGUUUUCUUCAGAAGUCAAAGGCCAAAGAACCCUCCAUCACCGGAGUGAUACCCUGGAGACAGUGAUCCUGGUAAAUCCCAAUGUGGACAGCAUCGCGUCUGAGGUUCACUCACUGUUGUGUGAUUCAUCAGCCCACAAACUACUGAUCUUCUGUGGUCAGAGCUCAGACCAGGAAGGAGACUUGAUCCUGCAGACUGGGACCUUCACUUACCAGAAGUUUGCUGAGAUACUUUCAGACCCAGAGGUCACCCAGAUUCUUAGCAACACUGAUUCAGAUAUCAAGGCCUCCCUUACUGUAUCGUAUUUGGGAGAAGGAGACUGGAGCAACCUUGGGCAUCCUCGAUUUCAGGAUAUUAUUAAUCUGAAACUGAAUCCUGAUCCAGUUCUGCCAGAAAUGGAUGGGGUGUCUGAGUUUGCAGAAUAUGUCUCUGAAACAGUUGACGUGCCAUCUCCAUUUGAUCUCCUGGAACCACCCACCUCAGGGGGCUUUUUGAAGCUUUCUAAACCCUGCUGCUACAUAUUCCCUGGUGGAAGAGGUGAUUCUGCUCUCUUUGCUGUCAAUGGGUUUAACAUCCUUGUAGAUGGUGGCUCUGACAGGAAAUCUUGUUUCUGGAAGCUGGUAAGGCACCUGGAUAGGAUUGACUCUAUUCUUCUGACCCACAUUGGUGCAGACAACCUACCUGGCAUCAAUGGGCUGCUGCAGAGGAAAGUUGCUGAACAAGAGGAGGAACAAUCCCAGGGCUCUACCAACUACAGUGACUGGAUGAAGAACCUAAUUUCUCCCGAGCUGGGGGUGGUAUUUUUUAAUGUUCCUGAAAAACUGAAGAUGCCUGAAUCAUCCAUGAAAGUAAAGAGGAGCAUUGAAGAAGCUUGUCUGACACUGCAGUAUCUCAACAGACUUGGCAUUAAAUCAGAGCCUCUAUACAGGGUAGUGAGCAGUACCAUUGAACCUAUCACACUUUUCCACAAAAUGGGAGUGGGUAAGCUGGACAUGUAUAUACUGAAUCCUGUCAAGGACAGUAAAGAAAUGCAGUUUCUAAUGCAGAAAUGGGCUGGUAAUAGUAAAGCAAAGACUGGCAUAAUUCUCGCAAGUGGGAAAGAAGGUGAAAUUUCUGUUCCCUAUCUUACAUCCAUCACAGCCCUAGUGGUGUGGCUGCCAGCUAGCCCAACAGAGAAAAUUGUAAGGGUUUUGUUUCCUGGAAAUGCACCUCAAAAUAAAAUACUGGAAGGUCUUGAGAAACUCAAGCACCUGGAUUUUCUGAGGUACCCAGUGGCUACUCAGAAAGAUAUCACUUCUGGAAUACCUCCACCUGUGCUGAAGCAGACCAAAAUUAAACAAAGAACUGACAGUAAAGAGAGUCUUAAAUCUUCUCCCAAGCCAUCUGUGACAAAGCAAGCUAAGAAAGAAGAGGCAGUUGAGGAAGGGAAUAAGGAGGUAAAACCAGAAGUCAUAAAGGAUGCGAAAACUGAGAAAAAGGUUAAAGAACACUCUGAGAAGAUUCCUGAGAAACCUGUUAAACAUGAAAAGGUAAAGACAGAAUCAAGUGAUGUUCUCAAAGCUGAGAAAAGAAAACUAACAAAAGACAAAGUAGGCAAAAAGCAUCUCAAAGAGAAAGUAUCCAAACUGGAGGAGAAGAAAGACAAAGAAAAGAAAGAGAUUAAGAAGGAGAAAAAGGACUUAAAAAAAGAUGAUGGAAAGAAAGAGGAAAAAAAAGAUUCAAAGAAAGAGGAUAAAAAGAAAGAAAUCAAGCCAGAGCCCAAAAAAAUGUCUAAACCAGACUUAAAACCAUUUACUCCAGAGGUAAGAAAAACAUUAUACAAGGCAAAAGUUCCAGGCAGAAUCAAAACUGAGAAGAUCAAAAUCAAACCUGAAAAGGAAUUACCUACUGACCUGAGGACAUCACCAAUGGAGAAGAUGCCAGUAGAGGUGGAGCCAGGAGAGACUUCCAUAGCUGAACAGAGGUUAGUCCUGUCUUCACCAGAAGAUCUUACAAAGGACUUUGAGGAGCUGAAGAAUGAAGAGAAAGGGGACUUGCAGGGGGCUCAAGAAAUUUCUGAUAUAGAAGUAAGUGAUAAGGUUAUGAGAGUACCUGAAACAGAGAUGAAAGAGUCCAGUGACGUGACAGCUCAGAAUCACCUUGAAGUGGAUCUGAUUUUGAAAACAAACAUUCCCGAUCAGAGAACAACUACUAUUGAUUUGGGAAAAGAAUCCCCAGCAGAGGAAAAAGCAGUCCAUCAUCUAGAACCAAGAGCAGGUCAAGCUGAAAAAAUAGAGGAUGAAGGAAGAACAUUAGAUGAAAAUCUUGAGAUGAGAUACUGCAAGAGAAAAGCUGAGCAGUACAAGGAAGUUCAGCUGUUGCCAGACAGCGAACAGGUACCAAUACACAGUGACCUCGUAGCAAAAGCUGUUUGGUCACCAGCAUUCAGAGAUGAAGACAAGGAAGAAGAGGAAAAAAUCUCUUUGGACAGAAAACAGAGGGAAGCAGAAACAAAGACCUGUGAAAAGUAUACUGAGGGGACAGAGGCACAGGAGGAGGGUGAGAGGGAAAAGAGAGAGGAUGUGGUAGAAAAGGCAGAACUGGAAGAAAAGGAAGAACAGCAAAUGAAGGCAGAGCAAAUGAAGGUGGAAAAGAGUAAAGAUUUCUAUGAACUGAAGCAGGAUGAGAGGGAGGACAAAAUAUUUACCAUUAAAGAAAAUGAAAAAGAAUUUAGUGACAUGGGUGAGAAAAGCAAGUUACUUGGAAAGGAGGUAACAAAGGAAGAGUUGUAUCUGAGCAGUCUGCCAGUCCCAGCAGGAGCAACAGCAGAACAUGUUUCAUAUAUCCAAGAUGAAACUAUCCCAGGAUAUUCAGAAACAGAGCAGACGAUUUCUGAUGAAGAAAUACAUGAUGAACAGGAAGAGAGGAUCCCACACUUGAAGUAUGAUGUCAAUGCAUAUGACAUUUCUGUUCCUGACCACCCAGGCUCUUUUGAAGCAAUACAUGGAAUACAGGCCAUGCCUACUGCAGACCUUGCAGCCAAGGGCUAUGCUGGCCAGGAGUCUGAAAUCCUGGCAUAUCCUACAAACAUAGUGGCAGCUCCGCUAGCCGAGGAAGAACAUAUUUCUUCUGCUACCUCCAUUACAGAAUGUGAUAAGCUUUCGUCUUUUGCAACUUCAGUAGCAGAAGAUCAGUCAGUUGCAUCUAUAACAGCACCACAAACAGAAGAGACCGGGAAAAGCUCUUUACUUCUAGACACAGUAAACAGCAUGCCUUCCUCUCGGACUGAAGCAACCCAAGGUCUUGACUAUGUUCCCUCUGCUGGCACAAUCUCUCCCACAUCAUCCUUGGAGGAAGACAAAUGUUUUAAAUCUCCGCCUCCUGAAGAUUUCCAUGCACUAGCAGAAGGAGAGAGAAAACUGGAAGCUCAAAAAAAGGAUCUUCAUGAAGAGGCAGAAGAGGAAGAGGAAGAAGAAGAUGGGACUCCAAAUAUUGAAAUGCCUGAGAAACUCAGAGGCCAUUACAGUGCCCCACUGUUUGCUCAUCAAGAAUGCACUGAUAAUAAGUUAAUCAGUGUCCCCACAGAAGUGACGCAUACUUCUGGUUUGCCUUUAUCCACUGAAGAAACACCGUUUUCCCAGGUUGACUCUGCAGAGGCUGAAGAACGAUGCAUGAGUCCUGAUGAUAGUACAGUCAAAAUGGCAUCUCCCACCCAAUCUGGUCCCACUAGUGCAGGACACACACCUUUCCACCAGUCUCCAGUGGAGGAAAAGCUAGAAACAGUAGAUUCAGAGAUAUUUGAAAAAGAAGAAGAUGCUGCCACUAAGAAAUUGGAAGAUAGAACUUCUGUUGUGGUAAAGGGAACCAAGCAUGAACCUCUCAGAGAUGAUGAGGUGUCUGUAUCUAAGUAUAGACAUGAAAAAGAAGUGUCUGGACCUGUACUGCAUAAGCUGGACGCAGGCAGUGAUGUGCAGGUAUCUCCUGGGGAGGAGGUGCAGGAAGCACCAGUGAGGAAGGAAGAGCUGCCCUGGCUCUCCUACCACAAGCAGGACACAGUGGUGAUAGGGGAGGAGGAGGAGCGUCCUGUACUACCGCAUCCCAGCACAGAUGUGUUUCUGGAGCCUGAAAAAGAGCUAGAAACUAAAUCCAUGGCAGAAAGUUUAAUGGGAUUUUCAAAACACUUGUCCUUUGAGCCAUUCUCUACCACAGAAACAUCUCUGGGAAGUGUGGCUCCUCCAUGGUUCACAAACCAAAGCAAAUCUGAAAGUGAGAAAACCUCACAAUUUUCUCCAGAUGAUACUAAAUCACUUUCUCUUACAGAAGAAAAUCUUGCUAAAGAAAAAUCCCCAGAUAUUUCUGUUAAGGGGAUGGCUACUGAAGAAGGAAAACUACUCUAUUUCACAGAAGACACCUCAGAAGAAGAAAAAUCUUCUCAGGUUUCAAUUAAAGACAUUUCUCCAGAAGAAACCAAAUCUAUUUCUCUCACUGAGAGUCCCAGCAAGGACAUCUCUUCAGACAUUUUUGUUAAAGGCAUUUCUCCAGAAGACAUCAAAUCUCUUAGUUUCACAGAAGAAAUACCUGUGAAAGAAAAAACUCUGUCUGACUUUACUGACAAAUUCCCAUCAGAAGCUGUUGGAUCUAUGGAUUUCACAGAGCAGAGCCCAGAUACAUAUGAAAAAUCACCAAACAUUUCUACCAAAGUGCUCACAAAAGAAGUGGCAAAAUCUUUUUCUUGCCCAGAAAGUAUCCCGGUUAAAGAUGCAUCACCCAGAGAUACUUCAACUGAAGAAAUGUCCCCCGAUGAUAGCAGUUUAUUUUCUGUAACAGAAAAAGCCACAUCUAAGGAAAAAACUGCAGGCUUCUCUCAGGAAGCAUCUCCAGAUGUGAAGGGCUUAUGCUUUACAGAAUUUAGCCCAGUUGAGGAUAAAACAUCAUCACAUGUUUCUGCUGAAGAUGUAAAAUCUUGCAGGUUCAAGGAAGCUAAAGAAGAAAAAUCUCCAGAAAUGGACGACUUUUACAUGAAAGAUUUAAGUUAUGAGAAGAAAGUGUGGUUUCCAGAAGAAGUGGAAGAGAUUUCUGUUCAGGGAAGGCGGCAGAUAUAUGAUAAAGAGAGAGAGAGCACAUUCUUGGAUGAGGUACCAGAAUAUGAAAAAUCCCCUCCUAAAAUGGGAGAAGUGGAGAUCCCGUCUCCUGUAAUACCUGGCAGUCAUACCUGGAGAAGAGUAGAAAGUGAAGCAUGGGGCUCUGCUUAUGAGUGUCUUCAGGAAGGAAGAGACACUGGAAGAGCAGGGCAGUUAUCCAGUGAGGAGGAUGAGGAUCUCUGUCAUGCCAAAGACAAACCUGUGUUACUGCAAGCAGAAGCAGAAUGUUUAAAAGUGGAAUCACGUGAUUACAAAGAAGAGACACUGAAGAUUGCCAAACCUACAGCAGAAACAAAGAUUGUUAACAUAGCUCCUGCUGACAUCACUUUCCCAGACAGUUCUCAUUUGUCUUCUCAGUAUGUCUCUGGUGAGGAAAAUCAGGCCAAACCAUUAACUGGAAACAAAGAAAGGCAAGAAUUGAUGUUGACAUCCAAACAAGAUUACUCCUAUUUAGACGAUGAGGAGGAAGCUGUCCUGGAUAUCUAUGCAAAGUCAAUAGACCAAGCACUGAAAGCAUCUCCCCUGCCAGUAACAGCUAGCCCUCUGGAAAAGCAGACUGGCACAACGCUAGAAACAGGGAGGUCUUACAAGAUAGAUCUGUGCAAGGCACUGCAACAGGAGGAAGUUCCAUUGAAGGAUACAGAAAAGAAAACAGAUGUUAGUGGUUUGUCUCAGGAAAUGGACUGUAAAUACAAGAUAGAUAGAAAGCAAGAAGAUGACUACAAAUCCACCGAGGCUCACUAUGACUCUACAGGAGGCAAAGAGCAGGUGGCAGCAGCAUCUGCUCUGUUCCAAUCUACAAGACCAGCAGAAUCUGAAUAUGUAGCAGCAUCCCCAGAAGAAAGUGCUGCAGGGUCAGGGCAGCAUGCACAGUCCCCCCUAGGAGAAGUCCCUCCUCAGAAAAGCAGUGCUGCCAUUGGCCAUUCUGAGGCUGUGGGUUCUGUGAGCCGAGUGGCAUAUCUUCCUGAGUCCUAUUCCAGGAGCCCUGUGGACCCUUGUUCCUAUGAGGAAGGGGUCUGCAGAACCAGAGGUGAUGACAAUUCCAUGAGACAAGAGCAAGAAGAAAGAAAACCAACACCCUAUCCUGAUGAAAGAAGUUUCAAGUAUGCUGACAUCUAUGAGAAGAUAAUUGUGUCUGGAGUUGGACUCUCCCCCUUCACAUCCAAGGAUGCAGACAUCUCAGGUCACACUGACAAGGUGCUAACAACAGCACCGAGCUCUCAGAAAGAUCAAGGUUUUCAUGUCUCUGCAAAGGAAGAAGAGUCCUGCCUUUAUACCUCUGCUGAGAAGGAGUUGUCAUCUCCAGCAUCCCCUAAAGAUAAAGCAGAUGCAGCCUUCGAGUAUACAGACAUCCAUAAAAGAUACUUGCCCUUGUCUGAAACAGAUAAGCCUAAGAUAUCUGAGGGACUGGAAGAACUGAAAGUGUCCUGUGCUUUGCCAGAAGGAGUGGACUCUGAACAUCAUCCAUCAUCUGCAAGUACAGCAUUUAUCUCUCCCACUGACAUAUUUUAUCAAGAAAAAUCAGCUACCUAUAUUGGUGCCACUUGUCCAGAUGAGAACAUCGUUUUGUCUGGUGAGGAGCAGAUAACUCUGUCCCUGAAAUCUGAAAGCCAAAAUCUCAAAGAUACAUACUAUGACAAGGCAGGGCAAGGGGAAGAAAGCAUGAGUGACUCAGAGUUAGAGAAAGGUGCUACGGAGAGAUCCGAAAAGGAGUCUAAACUGCAUAGCCCUGACCAAGCUGCAGGCACAGUCUAUGCACACAUCUCAGCAAUGGAGAAGUUCCAUGUAACAGAACCACUUCUGCAAAGCAAGCAUGAGGAGUCCAAUUCACCCCCUUCUACUGCCUCUUCACCUUCUGAUCCAGUGUGGAAAGAGGAAUAUGGAAUUAGGAAAACUGCAUCAGCCACAACUGUGGGAACGUAUGUUGCUGGUUACAGUGACUUGCCAGACAUAGGCAGAGAUGAGCAGGCUUCAGAAAUGUGCCAUUUAAGCCAAGAUUCUUUGCAAAAGAGAAAGGAUGCUGAAAAAUCCACAAAGGAAUCACAUUUCUGUGUAACAGAUUAUCCAAGUACAGAGGUUGUCUCAGAGGGCUAUGAGCAAGCCAUAUACUUGAAAUCUGCUUCUGAAAAACAGAAAGAGGAAUACAAGAAGGGGCCAACAGGAGAAGGCAGAGUGAUGGAUAUCUCUUCUGGAUUUGAAUGCUCCCUGCUAGGAAAGAGUGAAACAUCUAGUGUGUUCAGACAUGAACAAACCUCAGCAAGCCAUUUAGGAGAUAUCUCUCUUCCUUUAAAGGUUUCUUGUGCUUUGUCCUCAGGCCAGGGGAAGAAAGAUGAGUACUUGGAGGUUUCUGAGAUCAGCAGCCGUAACUCAUCUUUAACUAAAUUCUCACCACAGAGUCCAUAUGAAGAAGAUAAACUGUUCUCCAAAGGUCUGGAAAGAGAGUCUGUGCCCCAACAGCCACUGAAAGAUGACUCUUCCAGCCUGUCAGAGGAACCAUCAUCUGAAGCAACCACUCCUGUAAUACCGACUACAGCAGAAAGUUUUUACUCCCAUAUGCUUUCUGCAUAUACAAGUGCAGGAGCAGAACCAAGUACCAAGAGUCUUUGGGAUGCAUCUCCACAGAUUCCAGAUAAUGCUAUGAAAACCCAUACAGCUGAAACCAAAGACUUCGCAUUUGCUGAAGAACGUGGUUCUGCAUUCAGUAGCGGCAUGAGUGACAGCAUUUUGCCGUGCAGAAAGGAGUGUCAGAGUUCACAGCCCACACCAUUCUCUGCAGAGAAACAACAGCAGCCCUGUGUAACUAGUCCAGAGCAGAAAGCACCAUUUACAGAACAGCUGAUGACAUUAACAUCUCUCCCUGAUGUAUUGACAUCAUUUCCUCAUCAUCAGCAUGAAGAUGAAACCACAGCCAAUGGUCCAACAGAGGUGAGCACCAGUCUGCAAGCUUUCCAAAGCACAUACCAUGCAGCAGAGACAAAAGAUGAAAAAACAUGCCCUGAUUCUGACAGCAGUUUUUCUCCAUGCACAGGCAAAGAGGACGCAGAGAGGCAGAGCCGUCCUUCCUCUCUGAUGUCCCCUGAACACAGUUUCCAGCCCUUUUUCCCAGGUGUGCAAAGGGCUGGAAGAGCAGAGGACCAUGGAGAUGCUUCCCAUGAGAUGGAGCCACAUUUAGAAGGCAGUUUUGACUGCAGACAGAAAUUUUCCUCGUGCGAAUUCAAGCACAGGAAGGGAGAGCUCUCGCCCUCCUUCAUUAACCCAAGCCCUCAUGAGCUCUCUGAAGAUAGUGACCUCUCACAGGAGGAGGGUCAUCCUUCAGUGCAAGGAAGACCACCCCACAUGAGUAGUAGCCCUGUGCAAAGUGCCACAGUGGAGGAAACCCCUCCAACAUCAGUGAGUGAUUCUGGAACCUCCCAGUCAGACUCAGAUGUUCCACCUGAGACAGAAGAAUGUCCAUCCAUCACAGCAGAUGCAAACAUGGACUCAGAUGAAGACGCUGAUUUCCUCCCAGUAGAUAAAGCUGUUGGAAAUGCUCAUCAUGCCAGUUCUAGGUCCAGCCAGGAUCCUCAGCCUGUUCCAAUGGUAGAUCCCCACCCUCAUCCUCCUCACCCUGAUGUAUGCAUGGUAGACCCUGAUAUGUUGGUAAAUGAGCAAGGCAUGAGCAGAACUGAUAAAAUUUCCAAGAAGGACUUGAAAGAAAAGAGCAAAAGUGUGAAGAAGCCUUUGAGUAAACCCAAAUCUUCCUCUCCUGCCCGGAAAUUAGAAGUGAAAGGGAAACGAUCACCCACGCCUGUGAAACAGCCAUCGGACAAAUCUCCAAAAUCUGCCACUGCCAAAAAAGAAAAAGAUGGAGGAGAGAAGCCCAAACCACGUAGUGUGCUUGUGCAGCCUCCUCACACAGAGGAUGAAUUGGCCCGGAGUAGUCACAGCAACCCUGGCAAGAACCUUGUUAAUGGCAUCAAAACAAACCCUGCUUCCAAUAGUCCUAAAAGCAGUUUGGCUGUGCCCAUGGGUCCACCUGUCUAUGUGGACUUGGCGUACAUCCCCAACCACUGCAGCGGAAAGAACACAGAUCCGGAGUUCUUCAAGCGAGUUCGAGCAUCAUAUUAUGUUGUGAGUGGGAAUGAUGCAGCCAAUGGAGAACCAAGCCGUGCAGUGUUGGAUGCGCUCCUGGAAGGGAAGUCUCAGUGGGGGGAGAAUCUGCAGGUGACAUUGAUCCCAACACAUGAUACUGAGGUGACAAGAGAAUGGUACCAACAGACCCAUGAGAAACAGCAGGAGCUAAACAUCAUGGUACUGGCAAGCAGCAGCACUGUUGUGAUGCAGGAUGAAUCUUUCCCAGCCUGUAAGAUCGAAUUCUAAAUCUCCCAGCCACACUUUGCGUUCAUCCAUUGACUCUCCAAUCACCGAUGCAACAUCAGAGACACCAUCUAAUCACAGUCCAGUUCUCUGGUUUAGUCCGCUACAUGGUUCCCAUUUGUCAGGCAAUCGGGUACCCAUCUAGCUCAGCACUGGAUGCCAUGAAAAAGAAGUGCAGGGCUCUGUAAUAUUCUGGACUGAGCUAAGAGUUUGUGCAAGAGCAGUUGCAGGCCAGGGGCACUUCCAUUUUCCCUGCUUUAUUCUGCCGCCUGUACAGUUUCUGUAGACUAUCUUGGCUGCCUUGCUGCUGUGAGAGCUUGUUCUACUCUCUUCCUGGCUGCCUUGCCAUUUAACUUGUAGCACCAUGAGCCUCAUAUUUCUGGUGAGGGCUAAAGUGCUGCUGCUGCAUGUUGACAGUGUUUGGGGGCAGGGAGACAGAGAAAAAAACUAAUUUGCAAAGCAAACCUACAUGAUGAGGGAAGGCCAAACCCUCCAACUGUAACAUGACAGUGAAGGGCAUUCUUCCAUCCUCUAUCCCGAGCAUACAGGUGGUGUUCUGGGAGAGGGGGGGCCUGUACUCCAACCGGGCAGGGCCACCAUUUGCCACGUCUGCAGACUUCUGUCCCAAAUAUUUGGUUACAGAUGCCUGCAACACCUGCUCGCUAUGCUCAAGGAGCUGGGCUGAAGGACAUGUUGGUUUGGGGGGGGGGGGGUGUGGCGGUGGGAGGGGAGAGUUCAGCCUGUUGCUCUUGGCUACAAAGAGCACAUUCCUAACCUGCUAACUUGAGUUUUGCACACUAAGUGGGUAACUUACUCCUGCACAUCAGCAGUGCGACAGGAGGAGGCACAGAGGGGCUGUUGCCUGAACAGUCACACUCAGUAUCCAAACGCACAACUACAGCCCCUUCUAAAGCAGAAGGGCUGAAACAACCCGGCCUCUGUUGGCCUAUGAUAGUUGAGAAACCUUCCUGUCCUUGUAAACCAAAGGCUUUCCGGAGGAGUGUGGUGAGGCAGCUGAGGAACUCGCAUGCUGUACUGAGAUGCUGUUGUCUGGCCAGCGUAGCUGAUGUGUGCCAGUUCUGCAAGCAGCAGCAGUUUCCUUGCUACAUGUAUGCCAGUGGUCCAGCUUCUUAGCUGUGUUCAAGCUUUUGCUGCCCUCCCUAAGUGUGCCCAGGAUGUGGGGAAUAGAACCUGUGGUGUGAGGAAAGAGAACCCCUUUCCCAAAAACACUCGGGAGAAGUAGUUUAGCAAUUGUGUUAGCUCAUAGAUCUUCCACAACUGUGGCAGGAACAUGCAUACAUGCCUGCUGCCUGCACAGAAUAGCUGCUGGCAAGACUGUGCUGUGCACACCUGCAGUUGCAGCUGGCAGCCCGCUGCUUGCACACCUAUUGUGGACUUAGGUCCUUGCUGUAUGGCCAGCCUGGCAGAGAUGUAGUUGUGUGCCGUGAGUGCAUCAUUGCCGCUGAACAGUCACCCAGAGGGUCCUUGGCAUUCAAGUCCAUUCCUGCUGUGGGGCUGCCAGCCCUUGCAGCUCCAGGAAUGCUAGUGCUCAGGCGUCUGUGUCUGCAGCACCAGGGAGCCUUUGCCACAUCCUAGAGCACUGCAAGAGAGCCUUAUUACAGGGAUAACGUAAACUUUCUGUAAGUGAAAAAAGUGUGGUGGUAGGUUGUGAAAGAGACAUGAGAUGGAAAGCAAUGCUGCAAGACUUGGCAUACAACUCAACGUGUUUCCAUCUGCUGUGCUUGGCCCUGAGCCAAGAUCUGAUUCCAUAAUAAGCAUCCCAGGACUAUGUGCUGUGUUUGCCUGGGACACUUCAGUCUCCAUGCUAGCAUUUUCUAGCAGCUGAUAGAAAGAAAAUGCUGCUUAGAAGCCUGCUCCUAGACUAAAAUGGAGUUUCUAGGGAAAUGGUUUAUUUUGCAUUUAAUUUAUAUAUUUAUUUUUUGAUCUUAAGCUGCAUUUUGUUUGGACUUAAUAUUUUAAUUUAUACAUGUUAACUUGACACUACGUGCUCUUGGUGUCAGCUCAGAGGUUUCUCAGUACAAAUACUUAGAUGCUGCAAUUUAAAAAAAAAAAAGAACAACAAAAGACCACAGAGAAAUUGGCAGAGUUUUUGCUGGCAGCAAAAGGGGGUCUCUGCUUGCAGCCUGCAAGGCUGUGUCUAAAACCCAGCAGCUGCAGGACAAAGCCAGAGGCCAGCAGCCCCUCCAUGAGGAGCAGCCAGCCCUUUUGAUGCAGCCCUUGGUAAGAGCAUGUGAGCUUACUCAGGGAUUUAUGAAAUCCCUGCCCUGCGCUGUAUUCACGUUAACCAUGGAAUCAGUGUGUCUGCCAGAAGAAUAAAUGUCAUUCUCUGUAACCCAGUGGGGUCAAGUGUCUAUGAAUGUUGGGUACAGCAAGCAAUUGCAGGCAGUAACAGAUCUGCUCCUGUUUUCCGCAGACACUGCUCUGGGGUUUUGCCUUCAGUGCUUUGGGGAGACCCUGGCUCACCUGCCAAUAGCACUGGCUGGCAGCCAGCUGCAGGUGUAGGCUGCAAAAUGUUCGAUGCCAGGUAGUCAAAGCAACAAAUGUGACAUCUUCAUUGACUGGAUCCCUGGAUUCCUCAGAGUGGCUAGGCAUAAAAGCUAAUGCACUAACUUUAUACAGACCUACACAUGAAUGUUUCUCAAUUUUAAACUUGAAGCAAUUAUGAAUAAGAAGCAGUAAUGGUGAGGCUUCGUAAGGUGCCUGCAUCAUCCAGGCAGGAGUGACAUGUUCCAGCAAAAACACCUGCCCUCCAUGUGCUGUGCUCCAGUACUCCGCAGCUAUGCUGCUUGGAUUGCUCUAUCCUACACCAGUUCAUUUCCCUGUCCUCAAGACUCCACAAUUUUUUUUUAAAGUCUUUUGUGGCAGUCUGUUGUGCCUCCAGCCUCUCUCCCUCCCAUGAAAUCUUCUGAAGCUAUGGGGGAAAAGGACUUGUAAAAAUGCCAAAUUCUAGAGUCUGACUCUGCUCAGCCUGCAGGAGCCAGCAGAACCCAUCCAGAGCCAGAGGUAAUAAAUACAACACUAUAGAGAGAAACAGUUAAACUCUGCUUUUGCUUGUUUCUGCAUGUGGGCAACAACAUGUAAUCUUCCUGUAUGUAAUAGGUACAAAAUACUAUUUUAAACCUAUAAUUAAAAAAGUGAACGUCUCAACUGUAUUGAAAUGGCAACUUGUGCUCCCAGCUUCUAUGCUAAAUGUUUUAAAAAUGGAGCCCUGAUUCUUUUCUUCAGCAUCAUGUUUCUAUUUGAAUUUAGUUUCUUGACCUCUGUCCUUUUGCCCAUUUCCAUGUGAAACACUGUAACUAACUACUGUCAAGCGAGGAGCCCAACACAUUAAUAAUAAAGCCACAUUAAUUGCGAACAAGAA